GCUAUGGACAAUGGUGGCUUCUCUUCAGGUUCUAAUUUCUUCUCCUCUUUUUCAUUUCAAUGUCACCGGAAAAAGAUAUGAGGAAGAAACUAAAGUUGGACGAUUCUGUUGUUGUUGAUGAGGAGAAAGAAGCUCAUAACGCUAUGGCCAAGUGGUUCAUUGCUACUGAUGUUAAUCCUAAUACCAUUAGGACCCGUUCCUUUGCAAAGUUUAUGAGCUUCCUCGACCCCAAGUAUCCUCCUAGUGUUUCUAAAGUCGAGAAUGAAGUUUUUGAGAUCUACGAGGAAUGUAAAGAGAAAGCUAAGAAAUUUUUCAAGGGUUUUCAAGGACAAUUAACCCUCUCUUAUGAAUGGGUGAUGCUUGGGAAUGGCUGGGGGGCUAGGGAUCACAUAAAAGGCCCUGUUUUGCAUGAGGAUUUCGUCUGUUUGACUGCUCAUUUCGUCGAUGAUAACUGGAAGGUCAAGAAAAGGAUCUUGGGGUACAAUAACAUUACUGACCAGGAUAUACCUGAGGAAGAUGUUUAUGUUUACUGUUUUAAGAACGUUGUUCAGGAUUUUGAGAUUGAGAACAAGGUCUCUACUCUUCUACUUCCUAACAGUGAGGGUUUUGAUGAAGAAACGUUAGAUCCUUUCAGGAAAUGGAUAGAGGAGAGAGGGAACAAUCAGUUCAAUCCUCGGGUUUUGCUACUCUAUUGUUGCUCUGAUCUUUUCCGGUUAAUGGUUGAUGAUUUGUUUACUGAAUUAAGCUCCUCGCUGCUAGAGGAUUUGCGUAUGUUGGUUGGAUGGGGAAGAUGUUCAGCAACCAACUGGAACGUCACGUUGUAUCAUCUGCAACAAGCUGUAGACUUGAAGUCUGAGGAUGCUUUCUCAAAGGAUGAGAUUUACGAUGAUUAUGACAAACCAUCUGAUGAAGAGUGGAUUAAGAUUCAAACUUUUUGCAAACUCACUGAUUGCAUCUAUAAAGUGGCCAAGGAGCUUUUCGAAGGAGAGUAUUCGACAUCUAACGUCUUCUUCCACCUUCUUGCAGAGCUGAAGGUAAUGUUGAACCAAGAGCUUGCAAAUGCUGAUAGUGAUUACUUUCUCAACAAAGCUAAGCAGAUAUUAGAGAGGUUUGAUAAGUAUUGGAACAAUAUGUUUCUGGUUUUGGCAACUGCUUCUGUAUUGGACCCUCGGUUCAAGAUGAAGUAUCUUGAGUUUUACUGCUCAAAGAAGGAAGUCAAUGUUGAAGGUCCCAAAGCUGCAACUGUUUUGGACUAUUUACGCAAUCUGUAUGCUCGCUAUGCAGCUAGUGAUAUCUGUCAGAAACCUAUAUGCUCGGUUGCUUCAAUUGACUCUGAAGAAGAAGACGAAGAAGAAGAAGAAGAAGACGAAUAUGAUGACGAUGAAGGAGAAGAAGAAGAUGAUGAAGAUGAAGGAGAAGAAGAAGAAAAAGAUGGCAAUGAAGAAGAAGAAGGUAAAGAAGAAGAACGUAAGGACAAGGAAGAGAAGAAGCCUGAUGCAUACGAGAGUUAUGUUUUGUUUCAAGAAUAUCUCAAGUUUGAAGAGUCUCCAAGAGAGCUUGGUGAAUCAGAGCUUGAUUCCUACCUCAAAGAGCCGGUUAUGGAGUGGAACAAAGACUUCAAAGCGUUGGAAUGGUGGAAAGAAGAGAGCCAAAAGUAUCCAAUCCUCUCCCGAGUAGCACGUGACAUUCUCUCAAUUCCAAUCUCACGUGCUACUUCGUACGAUGCUUAUGUUGUGGACAGAAGAGAGCCUCCUGAGUUUGUUGUCUCCAUGAAAUCCAAAGUUGCUAACGCCAUGAUGUGCAGCAAGAAAUGGUUGAGAGUUUGACGAUAAAGACAAAAUUGGUAAGAAGAUCCUUCUGUUUUUUCACUAGUAAGAACUUAAAAUGCUUUUGUGGCCUUUAUGAAACUCAAUAUCUCUGCUUUCCGUUUUAGUACUUUCGUUUCCCAUUUCUACAUCAGUAAACAUGUUUCUUUUCA